AUGCCCUCACCUUUGAUCAUCGAAGGGCUGAGUAGCCAAGAAGUGUCGGAGAAGAUCGAAUUGUUGAUCCACAACCUCAUCAAUAUCGAGGACCAAACAGGGCAUUUCCUCCUCAAAUUGCCCGAUGGAAGAAUCAUCGACACCAAGGGAUGGAAUGACUGGGAAUGGACACACGGGAUCGGUCUCUAUGGCCUUCACCAGUAUCAUGCGCUGACGUCCUCAAAUUUGGCGCUCAAGGUGAUGAACGAGUGGUUCAACGCACGACUGGCCGAGGGGACAACCAAGAAUAUCAACACCAUGGCCGUUUUCCUCACCCUUGCAUAUCUGUACGAAGAGACUGGGGAACGGAGUUUUCUGCCCUGGCUUGACAGCUGGGCCGAGUGGGCCAUGCACGACUUGCCUCGAACAACCUUCGGAGGCAUGCAGCACAUCACCUACCUCGAGGCCAACCACAACCAACUCUGGGACGAUACCCUCAUGAUGACAGUCAUGCCGCUAGCAAAGAUCGGGAAGCUCUUGAAUCGGCCGCAUUACGUCGAAGAAGCCAAGCGCCAAUUUCUGCUGCAUAUUCAGUACCUGUACGAUCCGCAGACCGGACUUUUCUUCCACGGCUGGCAAUUCGACGAAAAAGCGCCGGGCGGAGUGGGCCACAACUUUGCGCGAGCACGAUGGGCGCGUGGUAACAGCUGGUUAACCAUUGCCAUACCCGACUUUAUCGAGCUGUUGGACUUGCCACCUGAAGAUGGCCUGCGGCUGUACCUUGUCAGCGUUCUCGAGGCGCAAUGUCAGGCUCUCCGCCGCUUGCAGGCCGCCGACGGGACGUGGCGAACGCUCCUUGACGUCCCCGAGGAGGAAGGCAGUUACCGUGAGGCCUCGGCAACGGCGGGCUUUGCGUACGGGCUGUUGAAGUCAAUACGGAAGCGAUAUAUCUCGCGUCAGUAUACUGAUGUGGCGAUGAAGGCCGUCAAGGCCGUCAAUCAGCGAAUCUCCACCGACGGCGAAUUGCUCGACGUCAGUUUUGGGACAGGCAUGGGGAGAGAUCUCAAGCAUUACGUUGACAUCGACCGGACUAGUAUGCCUUACGGGCAGGCGAUGGCCAUGAUGGCUCUGGUCGAGUUCUUGAGGGUAUACAGGUAG